GCCUACUCGAGGCGGGUCGGCGGCGUGCAUGCCUAGUGGGGUUGUAGCGAUGUGUGUCUGCGGCGUUUUCUCGGGUUGUCUGGAACCAGCAGCUGGUGCAAGCCCCGCGGAGACUCUGAUCUAGAGAGAAUCUAGCCAGCCGGUAACCAUGAGUGAAUGGAUGAAGAAAAGCCCCUUAGAAUGGGAAGACUACGUUCAUAAAGAAGUCAGAGUGGUAGCCAGUGAGAAGAAGGAGUAUAAGGGCUGGCUUUUAACUACAGACCCAGUCUCUGCCAAUAUAGUCCUCGUGACCUUCCUUGAAGAUGGCAGCUUGUCUGUGACUGGAGUCAUGGGGCAUUCUGUGCAGACUGUGGAAGUUGUGAGUGAAGGGGACCACAGAGUGAGGGAGAAGCUGAUGCGCUUGUUCACAUCCGGCGAUUGUGAAGGAUACAGCCCUGAGGAUCUGGAAAAGCGAAAGAACAGCCUGAAGAAAUGGCUUGAGAAGAACCACAUCCCUGUCACCGAGCAGGGAGAUGCACCGAGGACGCUGUGUGUGGCUGGGGUUCUGACUAUCGACCCACCCUAUGCUCCAGAAAAUUGUAGCAGCUCCAACGAGAUCAUUCUGUCCCGCAUUCGGGACCUUAUUCAAGGACAGCUCUCAGCUUCCCAGUGAGAGGCCGUGCCUGUGAGCAGGCUUACUCCAGAGGACUCCACUGUUUGGUUUUGUGUUAAUUGUUUCUAUUGUAAGUUGAUGAUAUUAUAGGAGUUCAAAAGCACAGUGGGGUGUGUGUUAAGUUUUUUGUGUAGGUCAAAUUGGAUGAGUAGACCUGACUGCUGAUUUCCCUGGGAAGUAAAGGCACAAGAAGAGCAUCCCGUGCACUGAAAUGAAAGCAGGAAAAUAGUACUUGUGAGGGGUUUUUCUGUGGUGAAGGUAAAUGCUCUUUUUGUAAAGCAGGAAUGCAUUUUGAAUAGAUAGAACAAUGUUAAAUAGCCAGGUGGUGGUGGCACAUACCUUUAAUCCCAGCAUUUGGGAGGCAGAGGCAGGCGGAUAGUUGUUUGAAACCAGCCUGGUCUAUAAGAGCUAGUUCCAGGACAGGCUCCAAAGCUACAGAGAAACCCUGUCUUAAAAAAAAAAAAAAAAAAAAUAAGUAAAUUUAUAAAUUUCAAUAUAAGAUAUUAAAGUAGAAAAAAAAAAUAAGUAAAUUUAUAAAUUUCAAUAUAAGAUAUUAAAGUAGAAAUCACAGUCUCAGGUCCCUUUGACUAACCAGACCUCUGUGUUAUUAAAAUACUGAUCUUUGAGGUUGAAAACAACACAGUAUUUGAAUUAGAGUAAUUUGGUUUGGUUAUGGCUUGUGUGCCCCCUACAGUUCUUGUGAUGGGAAUUUCUAACUUUAAGAUGAGACAUGGGGCUAGAGAGAUGGCUCAGCAGUUAGGUGCACUGGCUGUUUCCAGAGGACUUGGAUUCAGUUCCCAGCACUCACAUGGCUUCUCACAACUGUCUGUAACUCCAGUUCCGGGGACCUAACAUACAUGUAGGCAAACACUAAUGUAUGUAAAAGGAAAUAAACCAUUAAAAAAAGAGAGAUGAGAUAUAAUGGGAAAUCUUUAGGUCAUUGAAAAUAUGCAUUAAAGGCUUAUGGGACCUCGUUCCAGACUUCCUGUUUGGUGACAUGAGCCCUCCUGCUAAAGUGGCAUGGUGCGUCUCGGAAAUAGAAAGAUCUUAAAUUAACAUGC